AUGUCAUCGUCAGAAAGGACCUCAUUCAAGAAGCAGCACCCCGUUGAUAAGAGGAAGAUGGAAGCUGAAAGGAUUCGGCAGAAGUAUCCUGAUAGAAUUCCUGUUAUUGUUGAGAAGGCUCGCAGGAGCAAAGUACCCGACAUGGACAAGAAAAAGUAUUUGGUUCCCGCUGACAUAUCUAUCAGCCAGUUUACAGCAGUCAUUCGCAACAGAAUCAAGCUUAGCCCCGAGCAAGCAAUCUUUCUCUUUAUUGGAAACACCAUGCCGCCCUCAUCUGCACUUAUGUCGGCCGCCUACGAGGAGCACAAAGACGAUGAUGGCUUUCUCUACGUGUCAUAUGCUGGUGAAAACACAUUCGGAUAA